GGAGGGUCUCAGUUACGAAAUUGGGGGUGAAGAUACGGGGUCCCUCGCGCUCGUGCAGCUUAGUUUUGUAGCUUGUGAAAGGGGGUAGCUUGUGAAAAAGUCAAUUAACAAGCCCGCUGGUUUCCGGCUCGAUUCGGAAAUCUCCAUUUUACACGAUAAAAAGUGGUAAAGGCGCUCUGGAAAUUCCCUUCGAGAGGAGCAAGGAAGCCGCCUGUUUUUCCGUCGCGGCCUCUGCGUUUCCCUCCUCGGCUGUUUUCACAAUGAAGUUGAAGUGAGUUCGGAUGACGGACGCAACUACUUUUAGAGAUGGCUGCCAUACGCAAGAAACUUGUCAUUGUGGGAGAUGGAGCUUGUGGAAAGACCUGCCUCCUUAUUGUCUUCAGCAAGGACCAAUUCCCAGAAGUCUAUGUCCCCACUGUGUUUGAGAACUAUGUGGCUGACAUUGAAGUGGAUGGAAAACAGGUAGAACUUGCCCUGUGGGAUACAGCUGGACAAGAAGAUUAUGACCGUCUGAGACCUCUGUCUUAUCCAGAUACAGAUGUUAUCCUCAUGUGCUUCUCCAUUGACAGCCCUGACAGUUUAGAGAACAUCCCUGAGAAGUGGACUCCAGAGGUCAAGCACUUCUGUCCCAAUGUGCCUAUCAUCCUGGUAGGAAACAAGAAGGAUUUGCGUAAUGAUGAACAUACACGUCGGGAGUUAGCCAAAAUGAAGCAGGAACCGGUGAAGCCAGAGGAGGGCAGGGAUAUGGCCAACAGGAUUAGUGCUUUUGGCUACCUGGAAUGUUCUGCCAAAACAAAGGAUGGAGUCCGGGAAGUGUUUGAGAUGGCAACCCGAGCUGCCCUACAAGCCAAACGUGGGCGCAAGAAGACCUCAUGCCAAUUGCUCUAAAGCCUCCCCAGCCUGCCUUCCCCGCCUGCCAGCCAAGUCACUGAGCUGUUAGCUUCCAGGCUUUCCUCCCUUCUGAUACUGUGCUGAAGGCAGGACUGGCAUUGUCUCUUCAGAGGGGAAUCCUGCUAGAGCUGGGCAGGGGUUCUUCUGGAGCAUGGCAACUAACUAUGGCGAUGGGUUUCUCAAUCUGUCCCAGGCUAUUUCCAUCACUGUGCAGGGGUGGCAUUUUCCCCUUCCAUUACCAAAGUCUGGCCCUUCUGACAGAAGGUCAGAAGGGGUUGGUCUUUGAUGGGUCAGUCGGAGAGCUCCUUGUCCUUCUAUGCCUGCUUGCUCACAGCAGUCUUGCCUCUUUUGUUAGUAGUUCAUGGCACUACAUUGUUCCUGGCAAUUCUUUUAAGGAAGACUUCCUGCAAAGUGUGAAAGCUUACUUUAGUAAUCUGAACAUCUAGUUCCAGAGAGUUUCCCCUAGUUCAGAAGGGAUUAUUGAUUUGUGAAACAAGUCAGUCACUUUGGGAGGUAGGGAAUGCGUCCAGCACAGCAGUCAACAAUUCACUUAGCACCUCCUACUUUGGUAGACACAUUGAUUCCUUCGUUGCCUUUUCUGCUGUUCAGGGUGUAGCAGACUUACUUUGGACCAUGUCCCUUUCCUCAAGGAAAACACAGACCAAUCAAAAAGCCAUCUAAUUUAAGAUUUUAUUUUGAGGGGUAUCUUAUUAAAAUGACACAGGCUCCUCUAUCUUUUUUUUCUACCCUGUAUUCUGAAUAUUUUUGAAUAAAAUAAUUUCCUGAUAGCGGAGUAGGGAGCUCUUUCUUUCAGUCUGCUCAGGAGAUUGGGUCUUACAGAUUGGCCCCUUCUUAGCAACGUAUCUACAUUUGUAAGCAGAGGUGCUAUGGGCCAGCUUUCUGGAUCUCCUGUGGCUGAAAUAGUCACUGCCACAGCUCCAAAGUGCAAAGAACCUUACUCUGUUGCUUCUGUCUCUUUGCUCUCAUUCACUCCUGCUGCUGCCUCCUCUCUUCCCUCCCCAGCCCCACUCACUGCGUUGCCACCGGGAUGUAUGAUUUUUGUGUUUAAUUUGUAUUCACAUGUUUAAAAAGUGGUUGUUAACUUUUCAAAAUGUACUUGAAAGACAAAUCUGUAAUAAAUUUGUAGCAAUGUUUAGUAUAA